AUGGUGGGGACUGUGGCUUAUCGGACGAAGAACCUGGCGCUGUUUGGCACAGUCGUUUGCUUUCUCAUUCUUCUGAGGUUGGAAUGCCGCACUCGCCUUCCAAAGAUGGCUCGGAGCCCUCUUCCUUCGAAUUGUGGGACUCAUUGCCGGAGAGCUUCAAAUGACAAUUUGGUGCUCCUGGGGGCGCUUUACCUUCAGACGCUUUACUGGGCAAUCUGUGGGAAGAUGAUGAUGAUCUUUCCGAUUUCGUUGCGCAUUUCGUGGCUCCCCGAGGAUCUCUACUACACCUGCACGCCGUGGAGCAGCUUGAAGUCUUAG